GCACUCACUUCACCAAACGCCAACGGCAGCAGGGCUGUGGAGUGGCGCGAGCCAGGAGGGAAAAAAAGCGCAUAAAAGAAGACGAGCAGGAAGGCAGGGCGCGCGAGCCAGCCUCUCCCGGGUCAGCUCCCCUCCUGCCCCGGAUAUAAAAGACCCCGGCGAGGAGCAGUUGAGAACGGGUCAUGUCAGUGUCGCCCGUCAAGAAGCCGAAGAUGGAGUCGGCGCUGGAGCAGCUCAAGCAGCACACCACGGUGGUGGCCGACACUGGGGACUUCAAUGCUAUUGAGGAAUAUAAGCCCCUGGAUGCUACUACCAAUCCUUCGCUGAUAUUAGCAGCAGCUCAGAUGCCAUCCUAUCAGCAGUUGGUUGAAGAUGCUAUAAAAUAUGGGAAGAAACUUGGUGGGUCAGAAGAUAAUCAAGUUACAAAUGCUUGUGACAAGCUUUUCGUAUUAUUUGGUGCAGAAAUACUGAAGAGGAUACCUGGCCGUGUAUCCACAGAAGUAGAUGCAAGAUUGUCUUUUGACAAAGAAGGCAUGAUUAAAAAGGCCAAACACUUCAUAGAUCUUUAUAAGGAAGCUGGAAUUGGUAAAGAUCGGAUCCUGAUCAAGCUAUCAUCAACGUGGGAGGGCAUUCAGGCUGGCAAGAUUCUUGAAGAGCAACAUGGAAUCCAUUGCAACAUGACCCUGUUGUUUUCCUUUGCUCAGGCUGUUGCCUGUGCAGAAGCAGGGGUCACCCUAAUUUCUCCAUUUGUUGGACGUAUUUUGGAUUGGCAUGUUGCAAAUACAGACAAAAAAACCUAUGAGCCCUCAGAGGAUCCAGGAGUGAAAAGUGUCACUAAAAUCUACCAAUAUUAUAAAAAGUUUGGCUAUAAAACUAUUGUGAUGGGAGCAUCUUUUCGAAACACUGGAGAAAUCAAAGCGCUGACUGGCUGUGACUAUCUCACCAUUUCACCCAAGCUUCUAGGAGAGCUCAGUAAAGAUACCAGUAAACUAACUCCAGCAUUAAGUGUCAAAGAUGCUCAGGCAUCCAAACUGGAGAAAAUCCAUCUAGAUGAGAAGACAUAUCGCUGGCUUCAUAAUGAAGACCAAAUGGCUGUGGAGAAGUUGUCUGAUGGAAUCAGGAAGUUUGCUGCUGAUGCAGUCAAAUUAGAGCAGAUGAUAAAGGAACGAAUGUUCAAGUCUGCAAAUGGGAAAUAGACACGCACUUUCUGGAUGCUAUAUGGAUGUACAAAUAUCUACAUGUUGCAGAUGAAAGAUUUUAUAUAUUCUGGCAUUUUUAUAGCAAAAAGAAAAGAUCCUAAAUGUGUGCAGGAUUUUUAAAUAUAGAUACAUAUUGCAGAAAUCCAAUGAUUACAAACUGCAAAAGAUAAGGACCAAUUCUUUGGAAGUGUUUUCUUCAUGGUGAUAUUAGUAAUAAAAUAAAAAGUUCUGAUAUGUCAAUGCUUUCA